CUUUUUGCUGAAGCGACAGCUUGUUAUUGUUUAUAUACAACGCACGUGGUAACCCAGCUUAAUUGGUCAAAACAAAAGACUUCCAAUAAGCAAGAUGAACCACUUUGAGAUACGGGAGUUGCCCGGAAAGGGUCGGGCCAUGAUUGCUACCAAGAACUUUGCCGUGGACGAGGUGAUCUUCGAGGAGGAGCCCUUCGUCUCCCGGCAAUUCUCUUGGAACGCGGCGUACGGCUAUGCGGCAUGUGACCACUGCAUGCGGCCGCUGGAGACGGUGUUGGAGAAUGUGCGCCGCUUGGCUAGCGAUCCCCAGGUGGAGGUGCCCCUCCUGCAGCACGAUCCCACGGCCCAGUGGGUGGCUCAGUUCACCCAGUGCCCGCGCUGCAAGGUGCGCUACUGCUCCGAGGACUGCCUGAUGGAGGCCCAGAAGCGCUACCACCGGGUGGCCUGCAUGGGCGCCUUCCGUUCCGACGACACACAUCCCAUUAAUGUGCUGAAUGAGACUUGGAAGAAGAUGCACUAUCCGCCCGAGACGGGCAGCGUCAUGCUGAUUGUCCGCCUGAUGGCUCUCUACCAGCAGAGCUGCAAGAAGGCCGAGUUCCUCGAGCAACUGCAGUCCUUCCAAGCACUGAUUGUGAAUCGCGAGCAGAAGAUUUACCACAAAAUGCUGGGCGAGAACUUCGAGCAGCAGAUGGAACAGCUGUAUCUGGCGUUCUGCAAUGCCUUUCCCGGUGAGGAGUUCUCUAUGUUCACCACGCCGGAUGCAUUCAAAACCCUGAUGGGCAUUAUGGGCACCAACAGCCAGGGCAUCGCGACAAGCGUGCUCUCCCAGUGGGUCGUUAAGGUGUCCGAGCUACCACUGCCGGAUGCGGACAAAGCCCAGCUAGACACGGUCAUCGAUGGACUCUAUGCCAAAGUCGGAGAAUUUGCUGGCGAAUUCCUGAACAACGAGGGCUCCGGCCUAUACCUCCUCCAGAGCAAGAUCAACCACAGUUGCGUGCCGAAUGCUUGCUCCACUUUUCCGUAUUCCAACGAUAUUGUGGUGAUGAAAGCCUUGGCUCCCAUUCAAGAGGGUGACGAGAUCUGCAUCUCCUACCUGGACGAGUGCAUGCUGGAGCGGAGUCGCCACUCGAGGCACAAGGUGCUGCGCCAAAACUACAUAUUCAUCUGCCAGUGCCCCAAGUGCCGAGCCCAGGCGUCCGAUCCCGAUGAGACCAGUGAUGACGACGACGACGACGACGAAAUGGACGAUUAUGAUGAUGAUGACGACAUGAACUAGCCUAAGAUCCUUCUUCUUUAUACGAUGAAAAAUGUUUAUUUAAAUAGUAAACAGCUACAAAGUAUGUAUAAGUGCUAUAGUAAAUGUUAAAGAUUUUGGA